AUUGGUUAAAAAUAAAAAAUGUUUAUAUUCCGAUAAGGCGGGAUUAGAGGGGGCGUCAUUUUGGCUUUGUUCGCAUGUCAGAGGUCUCAGAUGUGACGGACAUAGAGAGGAAAUUGAAUCAAAUAUGGCUGGGUUCCUACCAUCUUAAGGUGAAGUUGGUAGACAAUAUGAAAAGAGGGAAGGAAGGGACAAUGGUGGUGGCAGGGAAUAUGGUUGCAAUUGAGGAUGGAAAUUUUUCGGCUCAUGACUUAAAGCAAGUUUCUGUACUAAAGGAGAAGGAGCCAACAAGGAAGAGGAUUGUAGAAGAUGGUAUAAAGUCCAAAGACUCAGAAGUGGUGCCGGAGACAAGGCACGAAGGGUCAUCUCAGACAGUAUCAAUCGGUAGGGCUGCAACGAGAUGCCUUUCAAAACCUGAAUUGGUUUUAAAUUUUUCUCCUACUGAGGAGGAGGGGGCAUGGUUGAAACGAAGUUGGGGGGCCAUGGUGAGAUCAUUAGAGAUGGUGAAGCAAAUACAGAACAGAUUCAAUGUUGAUGGGGUAAAGGUCACAGUGGCUUUGCUUGGGGUCGUCAGUGGAGGAGGAGUGGAGGAUGGACCUAGAUCGGUGGCUGGCUGGAGAGCGGCGAAAUCCAGCAACAGAAUCGAUUCAGAAGAUUCUAGCAACGGUUACAAUAAUUUUAAUUUGAAUGAGGAUGGACUUUUGGGUGAUGAUGUCACUGAAUUGGCCAAGGAAGUCGCAGCAACGGAUCUUGAUGUGCAUGCAUGUUUAAAUGGGCAAGGAGUUUUGGCGGAAAAACAGGCCGAAGGUGGCAAAAUGGUGCCAGCUGGGACACAACAUUGUCGGUGUGAUCGAGAAAAGAAAUACAAAUCUGUGGAUGAGAUCUAUGUUGGGGGCAGUGGUGUGAAGGAACCGAGAGAUAUAGAGCCUUCGUGGGUUACGGAGAGAACAAAGCUUAGAAGGGACAAAAGGGAAAGAGUACAGAUGCAACAGCUGGAGUUGGAUGAAGUGCGUAAACUAUUUGAGAUGGGGCAACGUCUAGGAGUUCAGUGUCAACAGAAUGAAGUAGAGGUGCUCACAAGGUUGACAGCCUUAGAAAAGAGGGAUGCUGUCAAUUUAAAAGGUGAUUACAGAUUCGGUGCCUGUGGUGGAAAAAAGAAGGCUUUGUUGUGGGAGGAGAUUAGGGGUUUAGUGUUGGAACAAGGUAGGAGGUGGCUUUUAGCAGGGGAUUUUAACGCUGUUCGAAGUAUAAUAGAAAGGAAAGGGAGAUUAGGGGAGACACAGGAUAUGGAAGAGUUUAAUCGAUUUGUGGAAGGGACUGGUCUAAUUGAUGUCAAAUUGAUGAAUAAGAAGUUUACUUGGUAUAGAUCUGAUGGAACCUCAAUGAGUAGACUUGACAGGUUUCUGUUAUCUACGAAGAUGAGUACAUUGGAAAGAGAUUGGACCCAAGUUGGGGUACGACGCUCAAUCUCAGACCACUGUGCUAUUAUUUUGAAAUCAAGAAAUGUUGAUUGGGGUCCUAAGUCGUUUCGAGCUCUUGAUGUAUGGCAACAACACCAAGAGUUUAGAGAUUUUGUGAAGGCUAAAUGGGAAAAUAUGCAAAUUGAAGGCUGGGCAGCUUUUAAGUGUCAAAAAAAGCUGAAAUUAUUAAGGCAGGAAUGUAAAAGGUGGAACAAGGAGAUGUUUGGAAAUGUGGAGGUUAGGUUUGAGAGCUUGUUACAGCAAAUUGAGAAGUUGGAUAAAAAAAGUGAGGAGAAUGAUCUAAAUGAGAAUGAGGUUCUGGCAAAUCGAUUGAAAAUGGUAAUGUCAGAUAUUAUCAGUGAUUCUCAGUCAACUUUUGUUGGUGCUGAUUUUGAGAAAGCUUACGAUUGUGUGGAUUGGGGUUUUCUUGAUUGGAUGAUGGAUAGCAUGGGAUUUGGGGAUAAGUGGAGAAAAUGGAUUCGAGAAUGUCUCUCAACCGCAAGGAUUUCGGUGUUAAUAAAUGGAAGCCCAACGAAGGAAUUCUCUGUAUCCAAAGGCCUUCGUCAAGGUGAUCCUUUGUCCCCUUUUCUAUUUUUGUUGGUUGGAGAAGGUUUGUGUGAGUUGGUCAAAAAAGCUGAGUGUGUAGGGCUUUUGAGAGGUGUGGAGAUUGGAAGGGGAGGGGUGGUGUUGUCGCUAUUACAAUUUGCAGAUGACACAGUUUUCAUAGGAACGACUGAUGCAGAAAAUGUUAGAGUUGUGAAAGCUAUUUUGCUUUGGUGGAGAUGUGGAUGUAAAGGGAGGGCAGUAGAAGAGGAAGAACAUUUUCGGGCGAUGAUCAAUGGAUUUAAGUUGAGGAUAGAUAGGGAGGAUUCUUGGAAAUCGGUGCAUAGUAGUGAUGGCUGUUAUUCGAUGAAGGCAGCAUAUGAGUUUCUAACACCGAAUUCUAGUUUUUUUGAGGAGAAAUGGGCUAAGGUGAUUUGGAAUAGAUAUGUUCCUUCUAAAGUGAGUGUUUUUGGGUGGAGAAUGUUUUUGAAUAGGUUAACUACUAAAGAGAAUUUAUGUAAAAGAGGUAUUGUGUUGUCAGGGGACGAUGCGGGUUGCGUGUUUUGUCAUGAGGGGGUGGAGCAACUUCAUCAUAUUCUAUGUGGGUGUAAAAGGAUAUGCUUAGUAUGGAUGAAGGUUUUGGGUUGGUGGGAGAUACAGAGUGUUUUACCAAAUGAUAUGUUUAGUUUGGUGGAGUCAGUGGUGUUUGGUAUAAGUGGAGGAGUUUUGAAGGAUUUAGAGGCUCUAAUGUUUCUGGUUACAGCUUGGUUUAUUUGGUAUUGGAGGAAUAUGUAUGUGUUUAGGACAGAGGUCAUGCCUGAAAAGCAAUUAUUUAAGUCUAUUCAAGCGAAGUCUUUUUUAUGGCUUAAAAACAAGGAACCAGGGUGUGUGUUUUCGUAUACAGAUUGGAUGUUAAGGCCAAGGGAGUGCAAGGAGGCUAUUGUGCAAUAUCGCAAGAAUUUAAAGAGUGUUAGGAAAUUGCAAUGGGAAGCAAUUUGGAAGAGUGCUGAUCAGGAAGGCUAAAGCUCGUUCGAGUGCGUUGGUGGUUUUUUUACUGUUGGAUUUUGGGUGCUGGAAGCUUUACUAAGCUGCAGAUGCAAUUGUAUGCUGCUUUUAUGCUUCUUUGUUCGGUUGUGCUAUUUUUACAUGAUGGCUCUGUUUGAUGUUUUAAAAUUUCGUGAUAUAGUGCAUCUUUGAUUAGUGUAAAUGGGCAGGAGUACCCCUUGUGCUCUAUAUAAUAAGAUUUGUUUUUGCUG